AUGGACGAGCCUUACACCGUCUCCGACGCCAUCCCCGCGUGCUUGAAGUGCUCGCCGUCGGAAUUCCUCUCCUCGAGACCGCACCUGCAGCGCCUCAUGGCGGCGGCAAUGGUGUUCCGCAGGUGGGAGGGCGCGGCGCAGACGCUCCUCCUGCGCCGUGCGCCGAGCGACUCGUACCCGCUGAGGUGGGAGAUCCCCGGGGGGUCGACAUCGGACCGCAAGGACGGCAGCGUGCUGGACGGGGUGCGGCGCGAGCUGCGCGAGGAGACGGGGCUGGGGGCCAGGAGGAUGCUGUAUCCCGUGGGGAUGCUGGAGGAGGCGCCGCGGGCGCCGGCGGACCUGGAGGCCGAGGGGAAGGGGGAGGAGGCGCGGAACGAGGGGGACGACGCGAGGACGGUGUCGUUUUGGGAGUCCGACGAGAGGCACGGCAUGCUGAGGUGGGGCAAGGUGACGGUCGUGGUGGACGUGGACGAGGACCUGGGCGACGGCGGCGUGGUGAGGCUGGAUGAGAGGGAGCAUGACCGGUGGGCGUGGGCGACGCAGGCGGAGGUUGAGGCCGGACGGUGGGCUGACGGCGAGGACAUUGGGUUCGUGAGCGAGGGGUCUUGGAGGAGUAUUUUGGAAGGGUUCAGGUUGUAUGGCGAGAAUGGGGAGAAGGAGAAGGAGAGGGAGAUGGAUGGCCCGAGGUUGAUGACCAAGUUUGGGGGCAAGGCGAACAAGGGACCUUGA